ACAUGGCGGCGCCCAGGGAGGCGGACCCGGGCCCGGCGGGCGCGCGCUUCUUCUGCACCGCGGGCCGCGGCCUCGAGCCCUUCCUGCUGCGGGAGGUGCGCGAGCGGCUGGCGGCCACGCAGGUUGAAUAUACUUCAGGAAAGGUCUUCUUCUCCACCCGCUGUGGCUUGGGUAUGCUGAAAAAGUUAAAAUCUGCAGAAAGAUUAUUUCUACUCAUCACAAAGCUUCCCCCACUUGCUGUGCAUCGAGGUAAGAUAUUUCAUGAACUGCAGAGCCUUAUAAACGAUGAUCCCAAAAGUUGGCUGACGGCCAUUUCAAUCUGGAAGAAUUUCCUCGAAGUUGAUGCAAAAGAAGAAAAGCUUUCUCUUAGCCAUGUGAACCCCCUAAAAAGAAAAGCAGGUGUCAGCGAUGAUGUGGGUGCUAAGAAGCUCAAAGCAGAGACACAGCCCGAGCUGGAGGAGGAGGACUGGGAUGGGGGACAGAUGCCCUGUGGAGGAGACCCUGCCACCGCCCCCUCCAACAUCCCCUCCUGGGGCCACUUGACCUUCCGUGUCUCCUGUCGAUGUAGUGGGGCUGUGGGCCGGGCGUGCACUGCUCAGGAGGCGGGAAGAGUGUUGGGAAUCGCCCUUAAGAAGCAGUUUGGCUGGAAGGCGGACUUGAGGAACCCGGGGUUUGAGAUCUUCGUCCAUCUGAAUGAUGUUUACUCCGUGGUGGGAAUUCCUAUAUUCAGGGUCCCGCUGGCCAGCAGGAACUACAUCCAGACGGCCGGACUGCGUUCCACCGUGGCCUGGGCACUCGCCUCGCUGGCUGACAUUCAGGCUGGGGCCUUCGUCCUGGACCCCAUGUGUGGCCUCGGGACGAUCCUUCUGGAAGCUGCCCAGGAAUGGCCGGACGUGUAUUACGUAGGCGCCGAUGUCAGCCACAAGCAGCUGCUUGGUGCUGGGGACAACCUGAGCGCCGCAGGACUGCGGGACAAGAUUGAGCUGUUCAGAGCGUCUGUCACAGAGCUGCCAUGGCCGUCUGCAAGUGUAGACGCCGUGGUGUCUGACAUGCCCUUCGGGAAGAAGUUCAGGCUGAAGCAGGACGCAGGCAGCGCCCUGAGGGAAAUGGAGAGGGUCCUUCGAGUUGGUGGCACCCUCGUACUUCUGCUCAACGAAGACCCCCACAGACUCUUCAGCACCCCGCUGUUUCCCGAGGAUGGCCCCUUGAAUGAGCACGGACUGCCUACACGCAGAGGGCCAGUGCCAGAGAGGGGGACAGGGGUGGGCACGUCCUGUGGGGAGGGCGUGACCGGGACAGAGUCUCCUCCUGGGGGCAUGGUCUGUGCAGAGGGCAUGGCCUGCAGGGAGGGCAUCACCAUGGCCCAGCCCCUGCUGGGCUCCUUGGUCCCAGUGGGCCAAUAUUGUGUGAGCCUGGGCAAGACCGAGGCCUUCCUGUGCAAGUACAAAAAGGGCACCAUCACCCCGGGGACGCCCCCUGAAAAGCCGUCAACCUCUGGCCUGGUGGUGGAAAAGGACCCAGACAGCCUCCAGGACCCAGGUCCACAAGCACCCGUACAGACCUGAGGGCUGCUGCAGAGGGAGGGGAGGAGUUCCAGCUUUGUGCCCCCAAGAGCCUCCUGCCGCCACCCAGGGGCAUGAGGAGGUGUGUGCACAGACUGAUGGUGGCUGGACCCCCAAGCUCCGGUGGGCACAGGCCAGCUAUCCUGGCUGCUUUACGUUUGGUUGGUUUUUUGGCCACACCAGGAGGUCCUCAGGUUAUUCCUGGCUUUGCGCUCAGAAGCCUCUCCUGGCAGGCUCAG